UCAACGUCAUCCGUUGUUUGAAUUUGUGUUGGAAGGUCGGAACUCGGAACUUGGAAAUUGGAAUUGGAUUGGAUUUUAUUAUUUUGACUUUGCGUGUUUACAGCUGAUUGUGAUAAGGACACGUUUUUAUUAACUAGAUAUUGAAAUUAAAUGAAGGACAAUCCAAAUUUAUUUAUUUUGUGUUAUCUAACAGUAAAGGCUAGUUUACAAGAUUAAAUGUUUACACGAACUUAAAAAAACACGCACUGAGUCUAAAAUAAUUUAGAACUAGGUACAUCUUUGCCAAAGGUUUGUGAUAGCGAUGUUGAUUUAUAUUUACUAGCGAAAAUGUGGACGAUAAUAAUAAUAUUUAUUCUUUCAAUAAUGGCCUAUUUCAUAACUGAUGAGUUAAUACCAAAGCUAAAAGAUUUAUUUAUAAAAGCCGGCUUGUAUGGUGUAGAUUUAUGCAAAGUGUCAAAAGAUAAAAUACCAGAAGCUAUUGGAGUGGUAUCUGGAUGUGUAUUCUUAGUAACUAACUUCUUGUUUAUACCUGUUGUGUUUGGAAAUAGUCUCAUAGACACAAGGAAUUUUCCCCAUAAUGAGUUUGCCGAGUUGUUAGCAGGCUUAUUAUCAAUAUGCUGUAUGCUUUUACUUGGGUUUGCGGAUGAUGUAUUGGAUUUAAGAUGGAGAUACAAACUUCUGUUACCAACUGUGGCUUCACUGCCCCUGUUAGUUGUUUAUUAUGUCAACUUCAACUCAACAACAAUUAUUGUACCUAUACUUUUAAGAGAUUACUUAGGGCCUUCUAUAAAUAUAGGAUUUCUCUAUUAUGUAUACAUGGGGAUGUUGGCAGUGUUUUGUACAAAUGCAAUAAAUAUAUUGGCGGGAAUUAAUGGCCUUGAGGUUGGACAGUCUGUUGUUAUUGCUAGUUCCAUAAUUGUAUUUGAUUUUAUGGAGUUGAGGGGUGAACAGUUUAAGGCACAUACAUUUUCAUUGCAUCUGAUGAUUCCUUAUCUAGCAACAACACUGGCAUUGUUAAAACAUAAUUGGUACCCAUCAAGAGUAUUUAUUGGAGAUACAUUUUGUUAUGUUUCUGGGAUGACAUUUGCAGUUGUUGGUAUCCUAGGACAUUUCAGUAAAACAGUCCUCUUAUUUUUUAUACCCCAAAUAUUUAAUUUCAUAUAUUCUACUCCACAACUUUUUCAUAUAAUACCAUGUCCAAGGCAUCGCUUACCUAAAUACAGUGCAGAGACUGAUUUAGUUCAAGCCAGUAGAACUGUGAUAGCAAAGAAAGAUUUGCAUUUAUUGAAUAGUGUUAUUUUAAAAAUAUUUACAGUGCUGCACCUUAUUGAAAAAGUUGAAGAUGAAGAAUGUAUUACUAUUAAUAAUUUAACUUUAAUCAAUUUAUUUUUGAUUAAAUUGGGACCAAUGCCUGAAAAACGAUUAACUUCAAGUCUGUUAAUAUUCCAAAUAUUUUGUUCAUGUUUAGCGUUUAUAAUAAGAUAUCCAAUGGCAUCAUAUUUCUAUAAUAUUUGACAGUUUUUUUUUUUAUUUGAGUCUGUGAUACUCUGUGAGGAUAUAAUUGUAAAUAAAUGUUAAAUUACUUUAUGUAUGUGAGGAAUAGCUUAGCUAAAGUAAAAAUAUAGGUAAGUCUUUUAAAAUUUGCACAUUUAAAUGAUAAAGUCACUUGCGGUUACUUUAUUUAAUAAGUAUAAGGUAACUUUCCUAUAUGUAUUUAUUUUAUGAUUGUAUCUGUAUUGUGUAAUGUAGUUAUUUUUUUCUUUCCUUUCAAGAAAACUUAUAUAUAACCAUAUAGUUGAUUCUAUAAUUUUACAGAAUUGUAUAUCAUUUUGUUAUGAAAAUAAAACAAUAAACUGUUCACACAGCACCCAA